CAGUUUUUCGUCAGUCCCGUCAUUCCCUGUUAUUUAUUUCACUGCUCUCUGUGAUAUAUUCAGAGGCUAUUCGGAGCAGUAAGAAGAUGAUGUCAAUACUCUGUCUCGCACACUUGACAGCCGAGCAAAUUCAAUUGGACUGACUCCGCCUUGCUCAUGCGGGACUUGUCCACAGGCUUUUCAUACUACCGCGUGCCUAUCUGAUGCACGCCUGGUGCUCUCUGACGAAGUCUCUCCGUUCUCCUCCAGUCACUCAACCACAUCACCAGUGAGGAGCAGUCUGACGCACAGGACCAACGGCAAACAGGACUCUUCCCGGGAGUGUGUGCCCACGGAGCAACAUGUUCCCAGCGUGGAGACGGGGAAACCGCACCGGGAGCUCGACGGUACCACUGCGGACCAUGACUAGAGCUGGACGGACUGAACAGGUCGGACAGGUGUGGGUGUCCUGCUGGGUUCUUCUGCUGACGACUUGUAUCCUAGGCGCCAAGGCGCAAGUAGAUGAUGUCCCACCUUAUUUUAAGAUGGAGCCUCCUCAGACCCAGGUUCACCUGGAGGGAAAUCGCCUAGUUCUUACUUGCAUGGCUGAGGGCAGCUGGCCCCUGGAAUUCAAAUGGAUCUACAAUGGUACUGAGCUUACACGUUUCUCCUUGGAAUACAGGUACCUGAUCCCCUCGCUGGACCGAUCGCACGCUGGCCAUUACCGCUGUAUUGUGAGAAACCGAGUUGGUGCUAUAAUGCAGUGCAGCACUGAAGUGCAGGUUGCCUAUAUGGGGGGUUUUGUGGAGGGUGAGAGGUCUCAAACUGUGUCCCAGGGCGAGGGUGCUCUAAUCCGUGCACCACGUAUACACAGUUUCCCCAGGCCUCAGAUUACCUGGUUCAGAGAUGGGCGUAAGAUUCCCUCCAGCAGUCGCAUUGCCAUCGCCCUGGACAACACGCUCGUCAUCCUGUCCACCGUGGCCCCUGACGCAGGACGUUAUUAUGCCCAGGCAGUUAAUGAUAAAAACGGGGAGAACAAAACCAGUCAGCCCAUCACUCUCACAGUGGAGAAUGUGGGAGGACCCGCAGACCCCAUUGCCCCCUCCAUCAUCAUCCCCCCAAAGAACACCAGUGUAACAGUCGGGAGAAACGAAGCUAUCAUGGAGUGUGUUGCCAAUGCAAGGCCUCUUGUCAAAAUGAGUAUCACUUGGAGAAAAGAUGGGGCAGUGGUCAAUACAGGGAUUCGCGAUUUUGGCCGCAGAUUGGUCAUCAGCUUGCCUGCAGUUAGCGAUAGUGGCUACUAUGAGUGUGAGGCGUCACUUCGGAGCAGCAGUGUCCCCUCUGUCACGGCCGGGGCCUACCUGCAUGUUCUUGAAUAUCCUCUGUUUGUAAAAGAGCCGCCGAGUCACAUCAGCGCAGAAAUGGAGAAGGUAGUGGAUAUCCCCUGUCAGGCUCGAGGCACACCACAGCCUGAGAUAGUGUGGUAUAAAGAUGCAGUGCCCAUCAGCCCGGUGAAGAUCCCCAGGUACAGGGUGUUGGUAGGAGGCAGUCUACAGAUCAACGGUCUCCUGCCAGAUGACACAGGGAUGUUUCAGUGCUUUGCUCGCAAUCUAGCAGGAGAGAUCCAGACAAACACCUACCUUGCCGUUACUAGUAUUGCUCCUAACAUAACCGCUGGCCCCUCUGACAGUGCAGUGAUUGACGGCAUGUCAGUCAUCCUACACUGUGAAACCUCGGGAGCCCCGCGGCCAGCCAUCACCUGGCAGAAAGGUGAACGUGUCUUGGCCAGUGGAUCGGUCCAGCUGCCCAGGUUCACCCUGCUGGAAUCGGGCAGCUUACUAAUCAGCCCCUCCCACCUGUCUGACGCUGGAACAUACACCUGCAUGGCCAGUAACUCAAGGGGCAUUGACGAGGCUUCAGCUGACCUGUUGGUCUGGGCACGUACCCGCAUCACUAAACCGCCACAAGACCAGAGUGUCAUCAAAGGGACCAAGGCUGUUAUGACCUGUGGUGUAACCCAUGAUCCCAGUGUCACUGUAAGACAUGUGUGGGAGAAGAGCGGCACUGUGAUUGACGUGAACACGUCCCCACGUUUGCGUCUGGAUCCUGACGGGACCCUGCACAUCUCCCAAACGUGGUCGGGUGACAUUGGAACAUAUACCUGCAGGGUGACCUCGGUGGGUGGCAAUGACUCUCGCAGCGCCCACCUCCGAGUCAGGCAGUUACCUCAUGCUCCAGAAAACCCAAUAGCAGUUCUGAGUACCACGGAGAAGAGGGCCAUCAACCUAACGUGGGCCCAGGCCUUCGAUGGCAACAGCCCCCUUAUCCGCUACAUCCUGGAGGUCUCAGAAAACAACGCGCCUUGGACAGUGCUGCUGGCCAACAUUGAGCCAGAGUCUACUGGGGUUACUGUUGGUGGCCUCAUCCCGGCGCGCUCAUACCAGUUCCGCCUGUGUGCCGUAAAUGACGUGGGCAGAGGCCAGUUCAGCAAAGAGACUGACCGACUAACUCUCCCCGAAGAACCUCCCAGCGCCCCCCCUCAGACAGUCAUCGCAAGUGGACGCACAAAUCAGUCCAUCAUGAUCCAAUGGCAGCCACCCCCGGAGAGUCAUCAAAAUGGUCCACUCCAGGGCUACAUCAUCAGGUACUGUCUGUCUGGGCUUCCAGUUGAUUGUCAGAUGAAAAACAUCACAAACCCAGACCAAACAAGUUUGCUCCUGGAGGACCUCAUCAUCUGGACCAACUACGAGAUUGAGGUGGCAGCCUACAAUGGAGCAGGCCGGGGCACCUACAGCCACAAAGUCACUGAGUGGACUCUGCAAGGAGUGCCCACUGUGCCACCAGGAAAUGUACAAGCCGAGGCUGUCAACUCCACUACUGUGCGCUUUACCUGGACUGCCCCGAGCCCGCAGUUUAUCAAUGGAAUCAACCAGGGAUAUAAGCUUUUGGCCUGGGAACCAAGUCGGCCCAACGAAGUCGCUGUGGUUAUGGUACGCCCCAACUUUCAGGACAGUGUUCACAUUGGCUACAUAGCAGGCCUUAAAAGGUUCACAGAAUACUACACUUCAGUAUUAUGCUUCACUACCCCGGGAGACGGUCCCCGCAGUCCGCCUCAGCGGUUACGCACACAUGAGGAUACCCCUGGUGCAGUGGGACACCUUAGUUUCACUGACAUAUUGGACACCUCUCUAAAAGUUAGUUGGAAGGAGCCACAAGAGAAAAAUGGUAUUCUCACAGGUUAUCGCAUCUCCUGGGAGGAGUUCAACAGGACAAAUACCAGAGUAACCCAUUAUUUGCCCAACCUGACUCAGGAGUACAAGGUUACUGGGCUCACUCCUCUCACUACUUACACCAUCCAGGUGGCAGCCAUGACCUCCAAGGGCCAAGGCCAGCUCUCUGCUUCCACUAUUUCCUCUGGUGUACCCCCAGAGCUGCCUGGCCCUCCAACCAAUUUAGCCAUCUCCAACAUCGGCCCCCGCUCUGUCACUCUCCAGUUCAAACCUGGUUAUGAUGGCAAAACAUCCAUUUCCCGUUGGCAGGUUGAAGCUCAGAUUGGUAUAAUUGGAGAGAAUGAAGAGUGGCUAAUGGUUCAGCAGCUGGCUAAUGAACCUGAUGCUAGAUCACUGGAGGUUCUGGACCUGAACCCUUAUACUUACUACAGGUUCCGAAUGCGUCAGGUAAACAUCGUGGGCACAAGUCCUCCAAGUCAGCCGUCCAGAAAGAUCCAGACCCUGCAGGCCCCUCCAGACAUCGCCCCAGCAAAUGUCACCCUGCGCACAGCUAGUGAGACCAGCCUGUGGCUUCGCUGGGUGCCUCUUCCAGAGUGGGAGUACAAUGGCAAUCCAGAUCUGGUUGGCUAUCGCAUCCAGUACGCCAAAGCCGGAACUAAAGGGGGGGUCCUUUCUCACGUCAUAAUGGACCGCCUAGAGAGGGAGUUCACCAUAGAGGACUUGGAAGAAUGGACAGAGUAUGAGGUCAGAGUUCAGGCCAUCAAUGGUAUUGGCUCCGGACCAUGGAGUCAGCCAGUCCACUGCAGGACAAGGGAGUCUGUCCCCUCCAGCGGCCCCACCAAUGUCUCAGCAUUCGCCACCACCUCCAGCAGCAUAUUGGUGCGGUGGGGAGAGGUCCAAGAGACUGACCGCAAUGGACUCAUCUUGGGCUAUAAGGUUGUUUAUAAGGAGAAGGACUCAGACACAGCUCCAGAUUUCUGGACAGUAGAGGGAAACACCAGUCAUAGUGUCCAGCUAACUGGUCUGGGCAAGUAUGUCCUCUAUGAGAUCCAGGUAUUAGCCUUCACACGAAUCGGAGACGGAAGGUGCAGCUCACCGUCCAUUCUAGAGAGGACUUUGGAUGAUGUACCGGGCCCUCCAGUUGGCAUAUUGUUCCCAGAAGUCAGAACCACCUCUGUUAGGCUUAUCUGGCAACCUCCUGCACAGCCUAAUGGAAUUAUACUGGCUUAUCAGAUCACAUUCAGAAGAAACUCUUCAAAUAGCAAUGCUGCCACCGUAGAUGUGCUGAGCCCCAGUGCACGACAGUACACAGCAGCUGGACUGAAACCAGAGAUGGUUUAUGUAUUCCGGCUCACUGCUCAAACACGCAAGGGUUGGGGGGAGGCUGCUGAGGCUCUGGUGGUCACAACAGAGAAGAGAGCUCGACCCCAGCCCACGAGCCGUCCCACAGUGCCUCAAGAGGAAGUCCAGGCUCGCAGAGUGCUGUUGUCAUGGGAACCAGGCAGCGAUGGCUUGUCCCCAGUUCGUUACUAUACAGUCCAGUACAGAGAGCUUCCAGACAGCAACUGGACUGUUCACUCCGCAUCAGUCAGUCAUGAAACAAACUCCUAUAUAGUGGACAGGUUAAAGCCAUUUACUUCUUACCAGUUCCGUGUUAAAGCCACCAAUGACAUUGGAGACAGUGAAUACAGUGAGGAGAGUGAGGCCAUCACUACGCUACAGGAUGCUCCAGACAAAGCACCAACAAUACUGUCUGUUACACCCCACACCACCACCUCUGUACUGGUCAGAUGGCAGCCUCCUCCUGAGGACCAUAUAAAUGGAGUCUUGUUGGGGUUCAGAGUCAGGUACAGGGAGCUACACUAUGACAGAGUACGCAGCUUCACUGUCCGCACAGUCAACAGUCCCUCAACCAACUGGGCUGAUCUUACUGCUCCCUACAGCGUCAGGAACUUGAGUGAAUCCUCGCUCACCCAGUAUGAACUCGAUAAUUUGAGUAAACACAAACGCUAUGAGAUUCGUCUCAGUGUGUAUAAUGCAGUGGGGGAGGGUCCUAGCAGUGCACCACAGGAAGUGUUUGUUGGAGAGGCGGUCCCAACAGCCCCUCCGCAAAAUGUGGUGGUCCAGUCCUCAACAGCAACACAGCUGGAUGUUACGUGGGACCCACCUCCUCUGGAUGCCCAGAAUGGAGACAUACAGGGUUACAAGAUCUAUUUUUGGGAGUUUCAGCUCCAGAAUGAGACAGAGCGCCUGCGUACCCUGUUCCUGCCAGAGCUUGGGGUGAAGCUUAAAAAUCUGACAGGAUACACCACCUACAUGAUCAGUGUGGCAGCCUUCAACGCUGCAGGGGAUGGGCCCCGCUCCCUGCCCACCAGAGGGCGCACUCAGCAAGCAGCGCCAAGUGCUCCGAGCUACGUGCACUUCAGUGAGUUGACCACCACUUCGGUCAACGUGUCCUGGGGAGAGCCGAAGCAGGCCAACGGCAUCAUUGAGGGCUACCGCCUGGUUUAUGAGCCCUGCACUCCAGUUGAUGGUGUCAGUAAGAUAGUGACAGUAGAUGUGAAGGGCAGUGCUCCCCAGUGGAUGAAGAUCAAAGAUCUGGCCGACGGUGUCACAUACAACUUUCGCAUCCGGGCCAAAACUCUCACUUACGGCCCCGAGGUUGAGGCCAACAUCACCACUGGACCCGGAGAAGGAGCUCCAGGCCCUCCAGGAGAACCCUUUAUUUCUCGAUAUGGCACAGCUCUCACACUGCAUUGGACAAGUGGCGAUCAAGGCCGUGCACCCAUCACGCGAUACGUCAUAGAGGCCAGACCAUCUGAUGAAGGAUUGUGGGACAUUCUCAUUAAAGACAUUCCCAGAGAAGUGACAUCCUACACUCUUAAUAUGGACAUGCUACGAGAAGGGGUCACCUACGACUUUCGAGUAAUUGCCGUCAACGACUAUGGCUACGGGUCCCCCAGUGCCCCGUCCCCUUCCAUAUCAGCCCAGAAAGUGUCUCCCUUCUAUGAGGAGUGGUGGUUCUUGGUAGUCAUUGCUCUUGUGGGACUCAUCUUUAUCCUCCUCCUUAUUUUCAUUCUCAUCAUCCGAGGCCAGAGUAAAAAGUAUACCAAAAAAACAGACUCAGGCAACCACUCCAACUGCACGUCGCUGCCUCUGACGCACGGAGAGAUGGUGCGGCUCGAUGAGGGACGCUUCCCGGCCCUGGAGCUGAACAACCGACGCCUCUCUGUGAAGAACUCGUUUUGCCGUAAAAACGGCAUCUAUACCCGCUCUCCUCCAAGACCCAGUCCUGGAAGUCUGCACUACUCAGAUGAGGAUGUCAGCACUAAGUAUAAUGACCUGAUCCCAGCAGAAAGCAGCAGUCUGACUGAAAAACCCUCGGAGAUAUCUGACUCGCAGGGCAGCGACAGCGAAUACGAAAUGGAUCAGAGUCGGCAGAAGACCCACUCCUUUGUUAACCACUACAUCAGCGACCCCACCUACUACAACUCCUGGCGGCGGCAGCAGAAGGGCGUCACUCGUCCACCGGCAUACGGCUACUCCCAGCCCGAGCCCCUGGUGGAGCAAGAGUCACGACAACACCCACCACCCGUACCCCCCCUGCCCCCUCUUCCCCCUCUCCUCCCCCAGAGCGCCCAGUCACCACAGCCUCAGUGCCAAGGCCAAGGCACCCUCUUCAGGCCUAAGGGAAGCCGGACUCCCACCCCCUCCCUGCUGUCCUCCGACCCCCCCAGCCAGCACAGCACCCUGUACCGGCCCCGCAGCCUCGGCUGUGCCGCUCAGGCACCUACCGCGGGCUUCUCCUCUUUUGUUUGACACACAGCUCUCCUUCCAAUAACAACAGGACCCUGAGGACGAAACUUUGAUUUUUGUUGUUGUUGGUUUAUUUGUAUUUUGCUCCUUUUUUUUUUUAUCUUUAGUUCUGUCUUACUGACAGAGUUGUUGCUCAAUAUUAAGCAUUGCAGGCAUCUUAAAUAGUGCUUUCUCCUCUGUGAAGAGUGUAUGUAUGAUUGUGCUGAGUGCGUAUGGUUGGUCAAUCUGUGUAAUAUGUAUUUUAUGAAAAGACAAUCAUUUGAAGGUUUUUGUGUUGCUUUAGCAAAUUAAUUUGAACGAUCAACGAUGUAAACAAGAGAGAACAGGACCAGAAGUUCUGAAAAAGAAAUCCUUGUUUUCAACCCCUGUAUUAUUGUUUAACAUGAGAGCUUUAUUGAAAACAACCACCUUAGAACCAUAUAGAGUAUGGACCACUUGGAUUGCUGAGACUGGACAAUGGAAAAACGGACUCUUAUGGAACAAGCGAUGCCUAACAAAGGACAAAAUGUUGUGAGAAAAUGACUCUGAGUUGGAGAGAGGCACUUGCGGUCACUGUAGCCCUCAGCUGCCUUUAAGUUUCUCACUCUGCCUAAUCAUUGUUGGAAAUGCAUUGUGUAUUUACUAUAUGUACUUGUCUCAUCUUGUUUACCAGAUAUUUAUAUCAAGCAGCUUCAAGCUCAAUAUUUUCAGAGCAUCACUAGUGAAAAUGUUAUGAAUCACAUUAAAGCAUUGUGGCACCUUUAUAGUA